AUGGCAGAAGCCAUUGCUUUGCCAGACAGCGACAAGUCAGUUUCACUGUUGCUACUGGGAGAUCCAGAAUGUGGCAAAUCAACAUUUCUAGCUCGCCUCAAGAACGGAGGCUCAUCGCUACAAACACACCUGGGGAGUAGACCCAACACCAUGGUACCAUUGCGAGAUGAAGAUCAGCCUUUCAUUUACGACAUUCGAUUCUCGAAGAAGAAAUUUACCCUAGAGCUGUAUGACACAGCAAACCCAAACCAGCACUGGUCAAGUCUCCAGCCUGAUGUGGUUGUACUGGCAUAUGACAUCUCAAAUCGGGCUACACUCGAUGGACUCAAAGCCUGGCGAAACGACAUCACUCGGUACUUCCAGUAUGGCCAUGGUGAGCGUCUACCGGUCAUGAUGCUGGGCUUAAAGAGGGAUCUUCGAAGGGAGGGCGACGGGAUUAUAUAUCCUCAAGAGGGCUACCGUAUUGCACAAGAGCUUCGCUGUGAUAGGUAUGCAGAAUGCUCGGCUGUUACUGGCGAGCUACUUGCAGAGACAUUCGAAGAUCUAGCAAGACUGGCGGCGAUGACAACUACUGAAGAGGGUGGACAGAGUGCUGGUACUUCUUGUAUAAUUCUCUAA